GUGGAUGACAGUAUGAAGAACACCGGUCUUUUAUUCUUUCUUAUGAGAACCACAACACUGAUCGGGGCUAUGUUUGUGCUGCUUGCAAUUUGUACACCAACGGUCGCCGGCGCUGAUGUGCAAUCUGCAUAUACAGACGGGUAUAAAACUGAUAAUAAAAAACAAAACAUCGAAGAAAGGUCUCUCGUCGAAAACUAUAGGAAAGCUGUCAAAAGUAUAUAUGGGAGCGAAUGCGAGAGAAAUUGGCCUGGUUCUAAGCCUGGAGCAUUUGCUGGUUGCUUCCUUAAUUGUAACGAGCAAAAUGAAAAUAAUUCUACUGUAACAGUACACACUUUAACAUUGAAUAAUGGCUCUCCAUGCAUAAUAAAUGGUGGGAUAUGCAAAGACGGAACAUGUGCACCUUAAGUUCUUGAAUAAAAAGUCGAAAUAACGUAACCGGGAAGCAAACACACGCACACACAUCUGGGAUACAGCCGCUCUACUAACUGCAAUCAGAUGCACCAUCGGGCUAAAAAUGGAACACUUCGUACAAAAUACAGC